AUGAGCCGCCAGGGCAAGAUAAGGCUCUCCAAAUGGUACGUGACGCUCUCGCAGAAGGAGCAGACAAAGAUAAUCCGCGAAGUGAGCCAGAGGGCGCUUGGCCGCUCUGCUCGGCUGUCGAACAUGUUCGAGAUUGAGGGCCGCAAGUAUGUUUGCCGCCGCUACGCCUCCCUGUACUUCAUCGCCUGCGUCGACAAGACCGACAACGAGCUGAUUACGAUGGAGAUCAUCCACUACUUUGUCGAGGUGCUGGAUCAGUACUUCGGAAAUGUAUGCGAGCUCGACUUGAUCUUCAACUUUCACCGCGCGUACUUUAUCCUUGACGAGGUGCUCCUUGGUGGGGAGAUGAUGUUGAGCAACAAGCGUGCCACGCUUGCUUACAUUGACCGACUGGACGUUGCUGCAGAACGCAGCGAGGCACGGCUCGAGGGCAGCUCGUUUGUCGAUCAGAUGACCAACGCCAUCAAGGGUGUAUGA